GCAAAUGCGUGCUUACUAGUCUGGUGGCGUCCAAACAGCGCCUAGAUUCUCCGUCGCUUCAACCUAACCCCAGACUUUUUCGCCGGGACAAGCUCGCACGAGACUACGUAUACUCCAUGUCUCCGCCUCUGCCGUGAUCGUCUAUUAGACUUUUCUCACCUGUUCGACCUGACCGUACGCUAUUCUUCUGUUAUUUCAUUUUUGCCUCUGUCUUCCAUUGCGACCCCGUCCUAGCCGCUGUUGAUUCCGACACCUUCAAUUUGCGCGUGAUGUCAUCCAGUUAGCUGGACCUAGCACAGGACCGCGUUGCUCAAAUCGUCUCCAAUAUGGUCGACAGACAAGCAGAGAUCCAAAAGCCCGCAGGCAGCGAUGGCGCUAUCCUCGAGUCCUGGGCGCAAGGCUUCAUGGUCGGCGCACUCCUGAUCAUGGCAGCCAUCACAAUUUCCAACAUGCGGCGUGGUGUAGUGCUGCACAAACUCAUUCUGAUCGAACUGUGCUUUGGAAUGCCGCACGGAACAUUCAUGUUCCCCAAACCACCUGUGUACGGAUGGUACCUGUCGGUCACGGCGAUUUUCUUGAACAUAUCCUGGGUCAUGCACAACAUCAUUGCGUGGCUCAAAAACAAGCCCUUUCUCUCGAAGAAGGUCAGCAUGUUCUACAUUGGAACGGUCCUGCUGUCCAUCCCCUACUGGAUUGUCGAGAUUUACGCCAAUUUCACCUAUUUCAACAACAUCAACAACCUAUUUCACUAUACUCGCCCGUACGAGGCCAUCUUCAGGGAUCCUUGGUGGAUCUUCACGACCUGCAGUCUGUUCUGGAACAUCGUUCGCCGGUACGAGUUUGGCAUCGUAGAGCUCAUACGGGUGUCUCCUCGAUUCGGCGUCCUACUCGGUGCCAUGCUGCUGUCCGUUGGAUUCAUCGUAGUCGACAUUUGCUCCGUGACAAAGGCAAUUCAAUCGAGUUUACCGGAAGGAAUCAACCCGUUCUGGAAGCUCGCGUUUGUGUUCAAGUGUCUCACCGACACGAUCAUCCUAGACGACUUCAAGACUGCGCUGGACAGGUUGAAGGACUACAAGCUGCGUCACAUGAACAGCCACACAAUCAGCAGUGACGAACAUCGAUCACAGUCGCGUCCACACCAUAUGCGCAACCUUACAGCUCCGUACAAUGAAGCUCGUGGCGUCACGCGGGACGAAAAGCUCCCAACCUACGAGGCCUGGCACACAGAAGCAAAGGACAGUAGUCGAAACAACAGCGCCAGCAGUCACAAUGCGAUCCUGGAAAACGAUCAAGGCCAAAACGACUUCAGCCAUAUCGAUCUAGAAAUGCAAUACUGGAACUCGAGCAGCUCUCGCGAUCGUCGAUCCCGACAGGACGAAUGAAAAAGGUCUCUCAGAACCCAGGCAACGACGGAUUACGAGUUUACGAGAUCAUGACGACGGUAAAUGGGCUGCGCUGUCCAGCGCUUUCACUGCGCGUCCCUCACACAUCAGGCGACGAAACGAGAAGUCGAAUAAAAAAAAAAAAAGUUCGCGGCGCACUCAGCGCGUCGUGUUUGCACAGCGGGUGCCAACGGCCGACCUGCAUUUCGUCAGCUUUCGUGCGGAUCAGGCACGGCCCAAGCCGCAUAUAAGGCCUCCACGAGUCUCCGUUUUUCGUCGCACGAACGCAGAACCGCCUCGGCUCACCCCUACGAACUUUUUUUUUAGAGCUUCCUCGCACCCUUCUGACCAACUUCCUUUUUCCCUACAACCCCCCCUUUUCCCCGUAAUCCCGAAACCUCCACCCUUGAAAACAAAGAAUAGUUCCCCAAGGGCUCGGACAACAUGCGAUUCGGGAAAUUGGGCGAGAUGCUCCCGGGGAUCUGUCGGCGCUCCCUGAUCGCCGGUAGGGGCCGCUCGGGGCCCACCAGUGCCCUUUCCCACACCUGCUCGGCACGUGUGCGCCGUUCGUAUUUUUGGCUCGUCGCGCGACCGCUACUGGACGACCUCUGUGCCCUGGUGUUUUGGACCGAGAUUAUUGCCGUGACCUGGUCGACUGGUCUGGACCUCUCUGGUCGCGCCCUAGAACUCUUCUGCGAACGGCGGCGUCGCUCGGGACGACUGGUCGCCUUUGCCCUCGUCGGACGCCUUGCUUGGCUUUACUGCAAAAGCCGAAUCGCAACGCGCAAACGGAAGACGAGGUUCUGGUCGGCGACUUGGAGACAGCAGGGACGGAGCGUUUCUGAAGAGGAGCAGUUCGCCCAUUCGAAGCGCACUUGUUUGUUUUCUCUCUUGUAGGAUAAUAAUAAAAAAAAAAAAAGAAAUCCGUAUGCUGGACGGUCACGAUCAUGACGUCGAUGUACAAAUUAGUUUCUAGUUAAUGUCUGUACAUACCAAAAUCAUAAUAAUACCUGAAUCGA